ACCCACAGUCUACACUCUCUUCCAUCCACACACUUUUCUUCCAAAAUGGUAUCCCUCAAUAAUAUCAAAACCACCUUAUUGACAAUCAUUCUGGCUGGAAUUCUUAGCGGUAUCAUACCAAAAAUCGUAGUGGGUCAGAAUUGUGGUUGUAGUGAAGGACUAUGUUGCAGCAAGUUCGGGUACUGUGGCACUGGCGAUGACUACUGUGGUUCAGGGUGCCAAUCAGGCCCUUGUGCAACGCUGCCUUUUUUUUUCUCUUUGAUCUGCUUCCCCGAUGCCUUGGACCCUGGUAUUGUUGUGACGCAGGCAUUUUUCGAUGGGAUAAUCAAUCAAGCUCCUGCUGGAUGUGUAGGGAAAAGCUUCUUCGCCCGCUCUGCAUUUCUUAAUGCCCUUGGCUCCUACCCUUCGUUUGGCACCACUGGAACUGCUGAUGAUUCUAAGCGCGAAAUUGCUGCUUUCUUCGCACAUGCCACGCAUGAGACUGGACUUUUUUGCAAUAUUGAAGAGAUAGAUGGUGCCUCUAAGACCUACUGUGAUCAAUCAAAUACUCAGUACCCAUGUAAACCAAACAAGAAUUACUAUGGCAGAGGUCCUCUUCAACUGUCAUGGAACUACAACUAUGGGCCUGCUGGGGAAAGUAUUGGGUUCGACGGACUAAACAAUCCGGAAACUGUGGCAACAGAUUCAGUGGUGUCGUUCAAGACCGCCUUGUGGUUUUGGAUGAACAACAUUCACAAUGUCUUAAAUUCUGGAUUCGGUGCAACAAUCCAAGCCAUCAACAGUGGCGAAUGCAAUGGUAAUAGACCGGAUGCAGUCAAUGCUCGUGUCAAGUACUACACUGACUAUUGCAACCAACUUGGGGUUGCGCCUGGUAAUAAUCUCCAAUGCUAGGACACUAAAAAAUUUAGCCGACAUGGAAGCUAGCUCUUCAGUACCUUGUAAUAAAUUUGACAUACAUGGAAGAAAAUAAAUAUUACUAUUAGUUUUGCAGUAAUACUACUCCAAUGAAUAAAAAGUGCUCUAGCUAGGUACAUGCUUGAUCAUGAUAUGGAGGGAAUUACUAGUAAAGAUUCAAAUGUAUUGUUCAGUUUCUGCUAAACAAGCUCGGUUUUUUCAACAAUUAAUUAAUA